UAUCGCGAACAGUUGUGCAGGGUGGAAGACGCCUGCGAUCGCCAGAUAUAGCUGAAUAAAUUUUAACUAUUUUUUAUAUAUUGUUUUCACCGUACACUCGAUUCCCAAAUUGUGCAAAAUGUCUGCAGCUACAAAAGGUAUAUAUAUUGUUGCCGCUAAGCGAACGGCCUUUGGAACUUUCGGUGGCGCUCUUAAAAAUAUAAGUCAAACCCAGCUGCAGACGAGCGCGGCGAAGGCGGCAUUGGAUGCAGCUGGUCUCAAGGGCGAUCAGGUGGACACCGUUACCAUUGGCAAUGUGAUUGCGUCGUCCUCGGUGGAUGGCAUCUAUGUGCCACGACAUGUGGGUCUCAAUUGUGGUGUGCCGAUUGAGAAGCCAGCGCUAGGUGUUAAUCGCUUGUGCGGCUCAGGCUUCCAAUCGAUUGUGAAUGGUGCUCAGGACAUUUUGGUUGGUGGUGCCAAAGUGGCGCUCACUGGCGGCGUGGAGAACAUGUCACAGACGCCGUACAUUGCACGCAACAUGCGCUUCGGCACAACACUCGGUGCCAACUACAAUCUGGAGGAUUCGCUGUGGGCCGGUUUAACCGAUUCGCACUGCAAGCUGCCCAUGGCACUGACUGCAGAGAAUCUGGCCGAUCAGUACAAGAUUUCCAGAGAGCGGGUUGAUGAGUUCGCGUUGCGCUCGCAAAAGAACUGGGAGAAGGGACAGCAGGAGGGCGCUUUCAAUGCCGAAAUCACGCCCAUCAAACUGAAGGUCAAGGGCAAGGAGGUGGACUUCGUUGUCGAUGAGCAUCCACGUCCCAAGACCACCAUCGAGGGGCUGGCCAAGUUGCCGUCGCUCUUCAAAAAAAACGGCGUUGUCACCGCCGGCACAGCUUCCGGCAUUUGUGAUGGAGCUGCUGCCGUUAUUGUUGCCUCUGAGGAUGCACUCAAGGAGUACAAUCUCAAGCCGCUCGCACGCCUUGUUGCCUUCUCUUCGGUGGGCGUCAAGCCCGAGAUCAUGGGCAUUGGUCCAGUGCCGGCCAUACAAAAUGUUCUUCGCUUGUCGGGACUGAAACUGGAGGAUAUCGAUCUGAUUGAGAUUAACGAAGCCUUUGCCGCUCAGACGUUGGCUUGUGCCGAUGCCUUGAAACUGGACCAUUCCAAGCUGAAUAUGAACGGUGGUGCCAUUGCCUUGGGUCAUCCGCUGGGCGCCAGUGGUUCCCGCAUCACGGCUCAUCUCGUGCACGAGUUGCAGCGCAAGAAACUCAAGUACGGCAUCGGAUCUGCAUGCAUUGGCGGCGGUCAGGGAAUCGCCCUGCUGCUCGAGUCUGUUUAAAUCGUCAAACUCCUGCAUUUACUAUUAGAUUAAGCAAAGUACGUACUGAUAAUGACUGCUUUUUAUCUGUUACAAAUUGAAACAAUUUUAUAAUUAAAAUUUGAAGUUUUAUAUGCUUUCUACAAGAAAGACAA